CAGGUUCUCUUUAAGCGAAAACCGGUGCAGUUUCUGCCCCCGGCCGAGGUUGAGGAUGAUGACACUGAGGUCUGGCACAUUCCUCAGACUGGCGAGAUAUUUGCUUCGUACGAAGACUACUUGAACCGCAUGGAUUUCUACAAGCAGCGUCGGUUCAAUGACGAAAUCACAGGCCAUUCAGGUCUCACUUUCUUCGAGGCCUACACCAGCGAGCGUGCUGGUGGUCAAGAGGUAGAGGCUGCCUUCCCCGAGGCGCUCAAGGGUCCCAUCCUGCGCAAAGUCCAGUUCCAAACGAUUUCACGUCUCGAUAAUCUCGUCGACAUGGUGUUUGAUGAGUUCAAAGCCGACUUUUAUCCCGGGGAGGAUGUCUUUGUCACGCUGGACGAGUUCAAUAACGAGAGACGGGCUUGUCUCGUGCGAGAGAAGACGACCUUUGGUGCUAGGAUCUUGCCAGAUGGCUCGAGUUCUCUUCCGACCAGCCGUUAUCUAGUAGUCCUCGGCGGCGGCUCCGGCCAGGAGCAGAUUGUCACCGGCGACAACCUAAGCCGUGAGCGAGGCGCCUUCACCAAGUCUAUGCUUCGGUCCUUUCUGAAAAGAACGAUCCAUCGAGAGGCCUGGAACGGGGCCCCGUGGCUCGUCAAGGAUGAUUACGCCAAGCAAUAUCACAUUGAUACCAGGAUUCCCCCGCACCUUCGACACGAUACUAAGAUUCAAGAGCGCAAGCAGCUUCUGGCCCAGAAGCGUGAGCGUAGCUUGAUUCAAGACGCCAAUGGACACAGCCCGGCUGCGCAGACUGGACCAGUACGACUGCCCGAACUCAAACCCGCUCCCAAGAGCCACAAGGGAAAGCCGACCCCCGGCAGCGCGGCCAAGGGCCUCAAGUGGCCCACAGACAUGGCGCCCGACGGCAUCAAUGGCGCCGGCUUCACGAGAUACGACGACGAACGAGCUGCUCUACCACGUGAGCCGACUCCUCCGCCUCCUCCGCCUCCGCCGAAAUAUCCCAUCGAGGACUUGCAACUGGAGCCGCGGGAGGGUAACGUGCGACCCAAGCUCAAGUUCAUGUGCAAGAACCCUCCCGUUCAUCAGGAAAUCGACGACGAUGUCCACCGUCAAAUCGACAUGGAGACCGUCGGGCCUCUGCUGGAGACGUGGGAUACGCUCAAUGUUUACUGCGAAAUCUUCAAGCUCGAUUCCUUCACCUUUGACGACUAUAUCGAAGCCAUGCUGGUUGCUUCAAGCAGUAACCCGGUGCAGCUUUUCGACGAGAUCCAUUGCGCGGUGUUGAAGAUUCUGGUCGAUUCUGAGGCUGACGGAGGCAAGGUACGCAUUACGUUGCCAGAGGUAGAAGAAGACGACAGCGACAACGACGACGACGACGAUGAAGAGCAGGGUGAGGGCAGUCGACAGCAGAGCGCCGAGGUUGAUGAUAUCCCCGUCGCGAGGGCUACGCGCAGCAGUUUGGCAAAGCUCGAAGCGGAGAGGCUGGCCGCUGAAGCGGCAGCAGCCGAGGAGGAAAGUCUUCGUGCGGAGCUGGAGACAAAGAAUCGCGCCGAAGAACUCAUGAAAGAGUUUGACUGGAUCGAGCACCUGCGGCAGCGGAACUUCCAGAAGGGGGGCUGGCAGAGGAUUUUGGUUGGCCUACUGCAUCAGCUCUCCAAAAAGGAGCGCCUCCAGCGCGCAUGCGAGGAGCUGCUGCAGCAGCUGGUGCCUGCGGAGAUGGUGCCCUCCCCGGAGAAUGUGCAGCAGCAAUACGACAAACUGGACAUCAACUACCGUGUCAAGGCGCUGCAGAUCAUCUGCAUGCUGACGAUGGAGACAAAAGCCGUCAGGGGCUAUAUGGAGGACUGCAGCGAAACCAUGACCAAGUACCGCAAAGACAAGAUUGAGUGGCAGCGACAGCGGAAACAAGCUAUUGAGGAGCUCCGACAACUGAACGAACAACGCAAGUUGUUGAUGCCGGAGAACGAACCGGUGGUGGAGGCCAACGGUACUCCUGCCAAGGAGGAAAUCGACGUCAAAAUGGUCGACGCCGACGAAUCAAUCGUGAGCAGAGAUGAAGAAGGCGAGGACAGUCAAGAUGAGAAUUCUAGAAAAAAACGUCGAAGCCGCGUCUUGACGGACAAGAAGAAAAAGCACGAGGAAGAGGAGAAGCUCAAGAAGGCUAAAGAAAAAGCGCUGGAAAAGUCCAAGCCACAACAGUCGAAACAGUACAUCAAGCUCCUCAAGGACAUCCAGAAGAAGGAGGAGGUGAUCAAGAAGUGCGAGGAAGAAGUUGCCAUAAUCGACAAUGAUCUUCGGGAGGCUGACUGUCCGAGAACCCGUGUCCUUGGAAAAGACAGGUUCUGGAACCGUUACUACUGGUUUGAGAGGAAUGGCAUGCCGUAUGCCGGACUGCCCGACAGUUCCACGGCGCACGCCGCAUAUGCAAAUGGCUGCAUCUGGGUCCAGGGCCCCGACGACCUGGAGCGAGAAGGAUACAUUGAUCUUCCGGCUGACCUUCAGGCCGAGUACAAGGCCAAGUUCAACAUGACUGUCCCCGAGCGCAAGGCGAUGGAAGAGGGCGAAACCAGCGUCUUCAACGCGAGACAAUGGGGCUACAUUUCGGACCCGGAUGACCUGGAUCGACUCAUUAGAUGGCUGGAUCCUCGAGGUUUUAACGAGCUCAAGCUACGAAAGGAGCUUGUGGCCUACCGUGACCGGAUAGCCAAGCAUAUGGAGAAUCGGAAGAAGUAUCUCUCAAGCAGCGAUGCUGAGGGCGACGAAGGCGACAAAAAGGAGGAGCCGAAACGAGUCAGCUCAAGGAUCCGGGAGAAGACGCCCGAGCCCCCGAGCUAUCGCUGUCAGCAAUGGGAGAACACAAUGGCUUUGGAAGACCUGGGCCACCUACACGGCGACCCGCCACCGCCACCACGGUCGAAGAAACAAGCAAAGAAGCGGGAGGCGGUGGUCGAGGCCGCACCGAGACCUGCGACGAAGGCGCGACGCAAGUGA